AGCUUAAGAGGAAACAAUUAAAAAACCUCUAGAAUUUGCAAUAUCAAAAUUGUCAAUUUUCUAAAGUAUAAAACUCUGCUCAUCUCAUGAGUUAAGAUAAACAUACCAAGAGAAAAACCCAGAGAAAGAGAGAGAGUGAGAAAAAAAAAAAAAAUGGGUAAAGGAGGAAAAUCUCAUGGAGGUGAUGAAGUAGAGCAGAACAUGGCUGCUUGGUUGACAGGAAUUAACACACUCAAAAUCCAGCCAUUUGUGCUCCCUCCCCUUGGACCUCAUGAUGUAAGAAUUAGAAUGAAGGCUGUUGGUAUAUGUGGAAGUGAUGUUCACUAUCUCAAGACCUUAAGGUGUGCGGAUUUCAUAGUGAAAGAACCUAUGGUAAUUGGACAUGAAUGUGCUGGAAUUAUUGAAGAAGUUGGAAGUGAUGUUAAGUCAUUAGUGGCUGGAGAUCGUGUUGCUUUGGAGCCUGGGAUCAGUUGUUGGCGUUGUAAUCUUUGCAAAGAUGGCCGCUACAAUCUGUGUCCUGAGAUGAAAUUCUUUGCUACUCCUCCUGUUCAUGGCUCUCUUGCUAAUCAGGUGGUACAUCCUGCAGAUUUAUGCUUCAAACUCCCAGAUAAUGUCAGUUUGGAAGAAGGGGCUAUGUGUGAGCCAUUAAGUGUUGGUAUUCAUGCUUGUCGUCGUGCCAAUGUUGGUCCCGAAACCACUGCAUUGAUUAUGGGGGCAGGACCUAUCGGGCUCGUGACAUUGCUAUCAGCUCGUGCUUUUGGAUCCCCUAGAAUAGUCAUAGUGGAUGUAGAUGAUUACCGUUUAUCUGUUGCAAAGCAACUUGGUGCAGAUGAAAUCGUCAAGGUUUCAAUUAAUAUACAGGAUAUACCGGAAGAGGUUGCUAAGAUUCACAAGGCUAUGGGAAGAGGAGUAGAUGUAACCUUUGAUUGUGCAGGAUUCAACAAGACUAUGUCGACUGCUCUUAGUGCAACCCGUGAAGGUGGUAAAGUGUGCCUCAUUGGCUUGGGCCAUGGCGAGAUGACUGUCCCUCUCACUGCUGCAGCCGUAAGGGAAGUAGAUAUUGUGGGUGUAUUCCGCUACAAAAAUACUUGGCCUCUAUGCCUCGACUUUCUUAGCAGUGGUAAAGUGGAUGUGAAGCCCCUUAUCACCCACAGGUUCGGGUUCUCACAGAAGGAGGUAGAAGAAGCCUUCGAAACCAGUGCUCGUGGCGGUGAUGCGAUUAAGGUUAUGUUUAAUUUGUAGAAAGUGUGUAAGAAUCAAAUUAUUACAGACAUGCAUAAAUGCAAGCAAUAAGAGUGUUAAAUGUUAAUUGUUGUUGUUGUCUUGUAAGCCAAGUCAGUAAGUUAAUCGUUGUUGUCUUGUAAGCAAGGUCAGUAAAUGUUAUAAAUGAUAUCCUUAUAGGAA